CGCUGGUCUCCGAACUGUGGGCGCCCCUCUCUCGCCCUGUCCCGCCGCUGGGGCCAAAUUGUGGCAAGGCCCUGCGGGGCCUUGCGGUGAGGCGGGUGCGAGUCCCGGAGGAGCCCCCAGCCUUUGUGCCCUGCGAGGGUGGGGGAAGCAAGGUGGAGAGCUGCCUUUUCUCUCCUCUCUACCUUGUCAUCCGCCUGCUGCUCGCAUCGCUAGCACCGUCCAUUUUAUUCAGACGUGCUUUUCUUUAAAGCUUUUUCUUGUGGCUUUUUAAGCUCUUUAUGUUAACCUCCCCCUCUCUUGUGUUCCCCCCGGUGACGCUUUUAACUUGAUAAAGUUGGUGAUGAACAAACAAUAAUUGAAGUUUUCUAAGACAUGUAAGCCUGAAAUGUUGGAAGUGCUACUUCAACCUUUCAUGCACGUGAAAUUAUUAAAAUGUUAUGGUAAAGUGAUUUCUGGAACUGAGUGAAGAGUAGAGUGAUGGAAAAGUAAUACUCCCUGUGUACAGAAGAGUUAACACUGUGCAAAUUAGUUUCUGUUGUAGUAACGAUACAUUUUUUUUUCUUCCAAAGAUGAUAUCCCUUUUCUAGUAACUUAAAGUUCUCAAUAAUGCUUGUUAAAAUAUUGUUUUGUUUGCAAAAGCAACAUGUAGGGGAAGAAUGCAACCUUAAGAGAUCGCAGGCUAACAGACAUGAAGACGCUUCUGCUUCCAAGUUGAUAUUUGAAUUGGGUGACAAGAAAGACUGUAGAGGAUAUUUGUACUUAAAAGCACUUGGAAUUCAGGACUCAAAGUUUUGGGAAAAUCAGGCUGUUGAUGCACGCACCUCCUUGUGUUCAACAUAGCCUGAAGUUGGUGGAACCAUCUCCAUGUUCUUGUAAUCCUAAACAGCAAACUAAUAAAAGUAGUCCUUGAAUUUAGCUUUCAUGAAGAAUGCUUACAUUUGCAGCAUUGUCAUUGCCUGAGAGCAUUAGAGGAAACAGGUUGUAAGGGAGAAGCUUGUUUUUCAAAAAGAUAUAUAUUGUUUCCGAUUCUUGAUAAAAGAUAUAUCAAAGUUUAUUUUGUCUAGUCCUUCAAGGUUUAGAAUUUCUGGCUAUGCAGUCAGACCAAAACUUGUUUUUUAUUAUGCUGAAGAAAAAAAAAGUAAUCUGCCCAGCCUGUGGUCCUUUAGUACUCUUCAUAUCUCAUCUUCAGUUGUGCUAUAACUGUGUACUUGAACAAGACACUAGCAUGUAUCAUUUCUCACUCUGUCCAUGUUUACACCUGAAAGGAGGUUGUAGCGAGGUCGGUGUCAGUCUCUUUUCCCAAGUAACAAGUGAUAGGAUGAGAGGAGAUGGCCUCAAGUUGUGCCAGGAGAGGCUUAGGUAUUAAGAAAAAAAUCUUCACCAAAAAGGUUAUCAAGUAUUGGAACAGGCCGCCUGGGGAAGUGGUUGGGUCACCAUCCCUGGAGGUAUUUAAAGGAUGUGUAGAUGUGGCGCUUAGGGAUGUGGAUUAGUGGGACUUGGCAGCGUUAAGUUUGUGCUUGGACUCCAUGGUCUUAAAGGUCUUUUCCAACCUAAAUUAUUCUAUCUGAAGGAAACAGGGCAUGGAGCAGAAAGCAUACAUGUUCAAUAUUUUGGAUGACUGGGAUAGACCACCUAUGGUGGAGUCAAAGACACUCGAACGGGUUCUGUCUUUCACUGUAACUAACUAUGUCUUUAUUUCUGUGUCUUUCAGUUAACAUUAAUAUAUUUUACUUCUUAAUAGAUUGGGUUGAUGUUGCCAAUGAUCUUUUCAGGAGCUGUCACAUAAACCAGCACAUAAAGCAUCUCUCAGAAUGUGAUGCUGAUGUGUUUGUUCGUCUUUAUGAGUCAAUCUUAGGAGAAAAAGUACCAGAUUUCAUAGCUAUUCCUAGAAGCCAAGAAGAUGAUGCACAUAAUGUACAAGCAGUAAUAGAUUCCUUGGCAUUGGACUAUUUGCAGGUCAGCUUAUCACACAUCACUGGUGAGAACAUUGUGAAAGGAGAAAGGGAAUCUAUCAGAAACCUCCUCGAAAUAUUUGAUGGUUUGUUAGAGUAUCUUACAGAAGAAGUCAGUGACUCAUCUUCUCAGAAUGGAGAUGAGGCAAAUGUGCUAUCCAAUAAUGAAAUUCAAAUUGCAUCUCAAGAGCAGCUGGAAAGCAGUGCUGGUCAACUUGUGCAACCUUCAAUAUCCUCAUCAGUUGAAGGGUCCCAGUCAGAAUUUUUUGUUCCAUCUUGUGAUGUAGAUGGAUCAGAAUCUACCAGUGAAUUAAUUAGACUUGGAGAUACUGCUCAUUCAUUUUCCAAAAGAGAGGAAGAAUUCCAGUUGCCUGAAUUGUUACCAGCAGAAAAGGACAAAGAAUCUAAAAACUCUGAGGCUAUUGCGACAUUACCUAGACAGUUCUCUGAAGCUGAAAGGACCAUUGUAAAGGAGAAGGAAGAUGGAUCAAUGGAGUCUGUUCAUACUACUGAACCUCAAAAAGAGAGUUUGAGUGCUAGUGCUCUGAGGCUUGGGGAGCCUAUACAGCAAGCUAUUCCUUUGCUACCACCAUUUCAGCCUUUGGAAGCCAGACCUCAUUGUCCUGGAUGGAGAGAUUAUCAGAGCUCAGCCAGCCAGUCAGCAACUUUGGCUAACAGUCAAAGAUUGACAAUUCCUACUCUUGAAAAGUCACUUAUACAAAAAUCUGAAGAAGUUUCUGCAGGCACAGUACAGUCUGUACCAUCAACUAACACUUAUCUGUCAUCUGCUUCUGCAGUGGGAGACAAGGUGGUACCAAAUGAUGCUGAGGACGAUGUGGCAAAGGUUCCCUGGGUGUAUAGGACUUCACCUGCUGCUGCUUUACAUCAAAAACUCCCACUACAUACUGAACAAGUAACACAAACUCCACAAGCUGAAUCUAGAUAUCUGCCCAGAAAGAAAAGCAGAUAUGAAAGUUCUUCCACAGAAUCACUUGAAGAGUCUUUUUCCCACAGAACAACAAAGGAAAAGCUAUCUGAGCAAGAGCUUCAUGAAGUGUCAGAAAAACUCUCUUGCAGGUUAAAUGAACUAGAUUUAAUGUUACAGAGAGCUUUGGGUGGGCAUACCAGAGAAGAAGAGUUGACAGAUGAAGACAACCUGUCUCAGCACAGUGACAGCGUCAUGGAUUAUCGCCGAAGGAAAGCUGAACGAGACACACCACGUCUGAGGUACCCAAGCAGGCCACGAUCCCUUUCUCCAUCCUCACCCUCAUCUCAGCAUCAGCUCUUUUCUGAGUUGGAAGAUAAACUUUGCAGUAAUGGAACAGGCCAAAUAAGGAAAAUACACAGCCAGUUGCAAAAAGAAAGGGAUGAAAGAACAAAAAAAGCAAAGGUGGUCGCUAAAGCUUACGAAGAUGAACUAAGAAUUUAUGAAGCUAGGGAGAGGCUUAGACUUUCCAAGCUUAGAGAAGUCAUCAAGGAAAUGGAACAAGAAUACAAAGAAAACAUCUUUAAAGAACCUCCAAAAAUGCCUCAGCCAGUGAAAGUUUAUUCUAGAAAAACCACACCUCGGAAUCCCAAAUACAGCCAGUGGAUUCCAAAACGAGGGACUGUGAAGCCAAAGAAAGCAGCUCCAAUGAAAGUAAGAGAUGAUGACCUCCUAUUUCAGCUACUGGAAGAGUUCCCCCACCUGCAUAUUUCCCACCAUACUAUGAAUAAAAUGUGGCGGCAGCAGCUUGCACAUACUGAACAACUUAAGGCAGCUUCGGGCAGAACUAGAUCACAACUCCAAAAUGAAGUUCAACAAGCCCUGAAGAAGCAUGAGCUUCUUGUUGCAAUUAUUAAGAAAGAUCAAGACCAUAACAAGAGACUGCAAGAAUUUAAGCAACGUAUCUACCGACAGAAAUGGGCUCAGAAUAGAGUGAGCGAGAAACGCCGGCAAAUUGCUCGAGCCAGGAAAUAUUAUGAAGAUUACCGGGUUCAGUUGCGUGCCAAGCUGAUGCGGGCUAGGACACGGGAAGAAAAGAUAUUUAAAAACUUAUUUGAAGAAGGCUUAGAAAUUCAGAAGCAAAGACUGAAGGACCUGAGAGCGUAUGCUCAAGAGAAGCGUGCUGAGCAAAGGAGAGAGCAUCAAAAUGAGUUGGAGUCUAUGGAGAACUAUUACAAAGAUCAGUUUUCCAUGCUAGCAGAAGCUUUAUCUCAAGAACGCCAAGCAAUCCAAACCAGAGAAAAAGCACAAGCACAAAUGCUACAGAAAACAAAAAGAGAAUUGAGAUCAAGGAUGGAAAAGGAAAUACAGCAACUGCAAGCAGCAAUAAUGCAAAGUGAUGAUGACACCUUUUUUCAAGAACUAGAAGCAGACAGACUGAAAUCUAGACUUCAGAUGGCUUCCUUUCAAUAUAGCAAAAGCCAUUUCUUGUAAGACUUAUGGUAAAUAUCACUGCAAUUCUCUCUGGCUAAGAUGAUGAGAAUCUUUGAGAGCUGCUGUAACAGGAAGAUGAUGUGUUGCUGGUUUUGUCUAUCGGGUCUGUCAUUUUGACAGGUCAGAGGUGUAGCUGCUGGUAUCUGGGAUCUCUACAGCACUUUUACGUUCACCAAUAAAGUUUUUAAACUACUUUCUACCUUCUUAGCAAGGCUGAGAUAAUGUUGAGCUCCACACAAAGGAAGUGGGAUGAUGUCAGUGUGCUUGAGUGAAGUUACCUUCGUGGAACAGGGGAAUGCUAACCCUCCUCUAUGCCUGUGCUGGUUCUGACAUUGCUGGAUCCAUGCUAACACUGUUAGCCAGAAACUACUGGAUUGGAAAGCUCACAAAGUUGUUCAAGUUUCCUUUAGAAGGACAAGUUAGAGGCCACCUGCAAUAAACCUGACAAAACCCAGUAAUUUUAAUGUAUUAGGCAAGGGAGGGCUACCUAUUCUACACCAUACUGUGUUUGCAAUUUUGGUGUUGCUGGCUUGUUAAUGGCAAAGCAUAUAAAGUACUACUUCCUAUGCCUCAAAUGUAUUGGAAAAGUAGUUUAAAAUAGAAAACCAUGAAAAUUCUUCUAAAGCAGUAAAAUAUAAGCUUCUUCAAGAAUUGAAACCUGGGAAGGAGCUGUGGCCAGCAUUCCUAAUUAUUUUCAACAAGGGUAUACUAAUAGGUAUGUGCUCUGUAGUGGUUUCUGUAGGUAUUUCAAUUGUUGAAUUUCACACAGGAGUUUCAAAACUACAUCAGCCCACAGGUAAACAAGCAAAGUUUUGUUUCAAUUGAUCCAGUUCAAAAGGGAGUCAGAGUAAUGCUAUGUACAAAUGGACAAGCAAUAACAACCAUGUUUGUUUGCUCCUAGAAGCAGAUUACUUGGGCAAAAGUUGUGCAACAGUACUUGUAUUUAGCACCCUGGUUAGUUUUUUUUAGGGAGAAGCAAAUUAGUUCUAGUUCUGUCAGUGUGAAGCAAGAGUAAGUAGUGAUUAAAAAAAUCCAACAUUCAGCUUUUACCAUACUACAGGUUGUAAGGUCUGCUGCUAGGCAGAGUAGGAGCUGACAAUAGGUACUACACCUAUCCUUAUAGAAUCAUCAUGUGCUAUAAACAAUACAUUGUGUAGUAGAAAAUUCAAGUUUCAGCAGCCAUGCAUUAUGGGCCCUGUGAGAUGCAAACACAGGGAUGAAUACUUAAACUGAGAACAAAUGACAUAAACCCAAGCUGACAAUUAGUAGAAGCACAUUACUGACAUUCUCCUGUGCUUGACAAAACUACAAUUUUUUAAAUAGUUUAUCUUGGUAAUGAGGAUGAACUAAAGUGUAAUUUUAAGCAGGGUCUAGUAGAAGAGUUCUUGCUUAAAAUUGUAUGUGUGAGAAGUGAUAUGAACAUACUGGAAUUAAUUGCAUUAUGUAUACAAUAUUUAAAGCUUGCUCCGAGAUGGUGUCUGUUGUUGAAAAUGCACUCAGUGAAUUAAGAGUCAUGCAUUGGGAAGAAAAGAGAGCUAAGCAGAAAAAAAAAAAACCAAAACCCAAAAGCCCCCAGCAGCAGAGAUGCUUCCUUUACAGAUUAAAAAAACCCCAAAAACCAGCUGGCAGUUACAGUAUGAUGCACCUCACUUCACAAAACCCAAAACACACACAACAAAGAACCUCUACAAAACCAGAAACCCACACCCUGACUUUCUUAACAACCAUUUCCAGGGAGUUGCUCUAAGCCAGGCUGA